AAACUCGAAAUAGUAUUAUUCUUCUUAAACGUGGAGAGUAUUAUUUACCCAUAUAUGAAAAUUAUUUUUGCGAAGCAGUUACGGAUGACACCAGUGUCCAUAAACACCUAAUGAUGAAUUUUCACUCUCUCUCUCUCUAUAUAUAUAUAUGUCCACACUUAAUCUUCCCAUGAACAUAUAUCCCUGAUUUUCGUUUCCCCCAUUGGUCUUUCUUGUCCCCAACAAGUGACCAUGGCUUUAAUCUUUUCGAUUCUACAGCAUACCAAGUCUUUUUCAUCCUCUAACAUAUCUACUUACGUCCAAAGAAGAAUGUCUUUAAUUCCCAGAGUUGGAGCCAGAUAUAUGUCUAGUGUUUCAACUGUAAAUGCUAAAGCUAAUGAUAGAAAAGAAAAUAUUGUAAUAGUUGGGGCAGGAAUUGCUGGCCUUGCUUCUGCUGUUUCACUUCAGAGGUUUGGUAUUAGAAGCUUGGUGCUUGAGCAGGCUGAGUCCUUGAGAACUGAAGGAAGCUCAAUAACACUUUCUAAAAAUGGAUGGAAGGCACUUGAUGCUAUUGGAGUUGGUGAUGAACUUAGGAGUAAAUUUCUUGAACUUCAAGGGAUAGUUAUAAAAGCAGAUGAAGGAAAGGUGUUAAACUCCUUUGGGUUCAAAGAUGAGGACAAAAGCCAAGAACUAAGGGUGGUGGAGAGGAGAGUUUUACUUGAAACACUAGCAAGUAAGCUACCACCAGAUGCUAUUUCUUAUUCCUCAGAGUUGUCAAAGAUUGAAACAGGUGAAAAUGGUAAUACAUUAUUGCAACUUCAGGAUGGAACUCGAUUAUCUGCUGAGGUGGUGAUCGCUUGUGAUGGUGUCUGGUCACCAACGGCUAAGUGGAUGGGAUUUCGACAGCCUAAGUAUGCAGGGCAUAUCACCUUUCGAGGCCUAGGAUAUUUCCCUGAAGGACAGCCAUAUGAACCAAAAGUAAACUACACUUAUGCAAGAGGAUUACGUGCUGGAUAUGUUCCUGCUUCUAAAACCAAGGUCUAUUGGUUUGUCGUGUGCAACAGCUCAUCUCCAGGUCCAAGGAUCACAGAUCCAUCAAUUUUGAGACAACAAGCUAAAGAACUCGUUAGAGAUUGGCCAGUGGCGGACAUGUUAAACCUGAUUAAUCUUACACCAAACGACACAUUAACAAGAAAUCCCCUUUAUGACCGAUGGCUCUGGCCCUUAAUUAGUCCUCCGCCUUCUAGUGGAAAGACCGUGCUUGUUGGAGAUGCAUGGCAUCCGAUGACACCCAACAUGGGUCAGGGUGCUUGUUGUGCAUUGGAAGAUUCGAUAGUUUUGACAGAAAAGCUAGCAGAAGCAAUGAAUUCAAAGAAUAUUUCUGUGGAGGAGGCAUUCAAAGCAUAUGGAAGUGAAAGAUGGCGACGUGUCUUUCCAUUAACAGUAAUGGCAAAUCGCGUGGGAGCACUCCUGCAGUCUGAGAAUAAACUGAUAUGUUCUGUUAGAAACAAUAUCAUUGUGCCCAAGCUGCUUAAGCCUAGAACAAUGACGAGGCAUGCCAAUUAUGAAUUUGAGCAAGCUAAAAGAAACAAACAUUAGUUUUUGAGGGAUGAAAAACUUAGCAAUAGCUU